AAACUGAAGUUAACUGAAGUUGGUCGGUCAUUAGCUCAAGGGUUUCUCGCCGGCGACGGAGAUGGCACUGUCUCAGUCUACCUCACUCCCAAUUCUACCGUCUCCAUUCCACAAACUCGAAGUAUCUCAAAAUCGGAGGGAACUUACAAUCCCGAGGGCGAGAACUCGAAGAUAUCCUUUGGCUUCGUUAUGCCAUACGUCGAGGAGCAAUCGGCGGACCAUCAGCUGCGUCGCCGGAGCAUUUCCCGAAGACGGAGACAGAGAAGCAUCUUCUUCUUCUCCCUCUACUUCUAGCUCGUCGAUCUUCGUGAAAGGGCUUGCGGAUUCAGUGAGUGAAGGUCGUUUGAAGAAGGUCUUCUCGCAGUUUGGACAAGUUAGCCAUGUAAAAAUCAUUGUGAACGAAAGGACUCGGCAGUCUCUAGGAUAUGGCUAUGUUUGGUUUACCAAAAAGGAGGAUGCACAAUUGGCUGUGGAAGCUAUGAACGGAAAGUUCUUUGAUGGCAGGUUUAUACUUGUUAAGUUUGGUCAGCCUGGAUUGUCCCGUCGCCGGAGGUCACAUCCUGAUUUUCUUUUUGUAAAUAAAUGAUCUUUGCUAUAUUUUAUGUUGCGAGCGAAUGUAAUAAAAACUCGGAUUUUAAAGGAGGAACCCCGUUUAUUAAAUGUCCAAUAGAACAAGGCUUUGGUACUGACUUA